UCUCAUUGCAUCCACCCCAAAAAGCACCAACACCAAAGCACUUUUUACCAUGCUGAAUAUAUACCCGUGUUCGUUCUCUACCUCAACACAUAUUCCUUGAAGGGAGAACCGAUAAAACAGGGGCCAACAGACGCGCUUUCAUCCUCAGCGCCAGUCUUCAUUGAGUGUUCCAACGUCUUAGUUGUUCGGAUUAGUAGUGCCCACAUUCGCUGGGAAAUUUUCUCUAAUAGCCUCAAAUAAUUGCAGUUUUUUCCUAUCACAAAAAUUCCCCCCUUUCUCUGCCAUUGCUCUCAGUGAAAUUUAAUAAUCUGCAUUCUAAAAUUCUAAUGAAAAUGUAACAUUAAAUUCAGUAUCUAACAAGGAUUACAUUACGAGGCUAUUGAAUGUUGUACAAUGUAAUUCACAGAGUGUUAUAUAAAAGUUAAUAUACUAAAUGAACCCCUAAAGUGAUUGAGUUGAUGAUAAUUCAAGUGUUUUUUUAAACCAAUAUUGAUGAUUACAUAUAAUUGAAAAUCUGGGAAAAUUUUAUCUUCUUCGCAAAAAAAUGAAACUGAAAUAGAAUUUUUACAUUAAAAAAAAUCGUGUUCCAAAAUCUUAAUACCCUCACCUCACGCGAAAAAAAGAGAAAUCCUCGAUGGUGGAAAAUGUGGUACAGAAAAUAAGGAAAAUCCAUUCACCCCUAUAUUCCAUAUCACGAAUCCCGUACAUAAUAUAGAUUUGUGCACUAUAACUAAGUAUAUAUGUAAAAUAGUACAUAGCAAUUUGACUUAAUUUUCCACACACUUCAUCCCUCUUCCACAAUUUCUCUUUUCAUCCUUCUUCUGGGAAUUAGUCCGGAAAAAUAGUCUCUUUGAGUAAUUCAAUGCUCCCUUAUUUUCUCACAAACCACUCAACAUGACCACUUUUUCCCAUUUAUUCACCCCUAUUUCUAGAAAAAAAAUAAAAAAAGAAAUCUUUUUUUCUGUACCCAUACUGCCAAAAUUUUCCCCUUUGUUCGUAUGAUGUUGGGGAAUAAGGAAAGCUCUGGAAAUGUGUGAAAAUCUUCAUUAUAUACCACAAUACUCACACUUUUGCACGAAAAUAUAUAUUCCCAGAAUUUUCAGUUAAAGCACAUUUUGGAAGAUAAAUACUCUUAAAUAUAUUAUUUUAAAUUAAUUUUUUUGUGUGCAAAAGGAAUAAUAAAGAACUGUGAUCUCCAUUGAGAAAAAGUUUCAGUUAUUACUGCUUCAAUGAUCGUUCUGGAAAACACCUUCAUGCAUAUAAUUUUGGAGUGAAAUGGAACGGUGACAAAAUAAUAUUCCAUCACUGACUGUUGCUUCAGCUUAACACCUAUCUCUUUCGCCAGUUAGCAAUAUUGAAUGCUAAAAGGUGGAAAUUAUUAUAUCUGAUUUUUGAGUGUUAAUUUCCUGGCGCUUGAAAUUCAAUUACAAGCGACCAACUUUUUAGACUUUUUUCCUAUCACUCUAAAAAUUGGAAAAUUCUAUAUUGAGCAGCACCGCCUCAACGUGUUUUAUUUUGAGAUUAAAUGUAUACAGGUGAUAUAAGAAAAUAUCAAAUAGCAAAUGGGACUGUAAAACUGGAGAAAGGGCCAGUUACUAUUUCGCGGGAAGAAACGUCAUGACCGAAUGCGAGGUGCAACGAUGCACCUGCAAGGGCUGAGUCAUUGGCAGGUCUACCACUCAACCCUGGAGGCUCUUACGAAGUCAGGUCUUAUUCUCGUCCUGGGCGUCGCCAUAGUCGCUUCUAAUAUUCUUAUUAUAGCAACAUUCCUUAAUUUUAGAGGUCCAUCAGAAGUAAUAAAUUAUUAUUUGCUGUCGCUGGCGGUCGCCGAUUUACUAUGUGGACUACUGAUAGUGCCCCUAUCUGUGUAUCCGGCCCUAACUGGAGAGUGGAUUUACGGAGAUAUUCUCUGUCGCUUCAUAGGAUACUUGGAAGUGACCCUGUGGUCGGUCACUGUGUACACAUUCAUGUGGAUUUCAGUAGAUAGAUAUUUGGCAGUUCGAAAACCUCUUCGAUAUGAGACGGUUCAAACGAAAACCAGAUGCCAAUGUUGGAUGGCGUUUACAUGGAUUUCUGCAGCUAUGCUGUGCUGUCCACCUCUUCUAGGCUUCAACAAAGCACAGUUCGAUGAAGAAGCAUACGUUUGUAUGCUCAAAUGGGGCAAUAUGGCCGCAUACAGUGCCACCCUGGCCAUCCUAGUCUUAGGUCCUAGCGUCAUUUCCAUUGUCCACAACUAUGGCUAUAUAUUUAUAAUGAUGCGUCGCCUGAAGUCCGGAGCACCAAUCCACGAUAAGGAAUAUGCGACGGCUCUGGCAGAGAAUCUAGCCAAUCCCAGUCAUACAAUGUCCUUCGCCUUGAUAUUCUCAUUCUGGAUCUCAUGGAGUCCGCUAAUUGUUGUGAAGGUGUAUGAAAGUAUCACAGGCGAAGAAUUUCAGAAUCCUCUUGUCCAUUUCGGUAUUGUGUGGUUUGGUGUACUCAAUUCCCUCUGGAAGUUCAUUAUUCUAACGGGCAUGUCGCCACACUUUCGACUUGCACUGAGAAUCUUCUGUCUUACGAUUUGCUGCAAGACUAAGGGGCGCCUUCAGGCGGAACUUAUAGGUUUGGAUCCAGAUGACUAGUAUAGUCUGUGUGGCGACAUUAAUGAGCCAACCGAUAGAGUGGAAAAUUUCUACACAUUAAUAAGAAACUAAAAUACGAAAACUACCGAUUCUCGUCUUGUGAAUGGCAUUGUAAAAAUGCACAAUGACGUUACAAUUGUGAUCGUAAUUGAUUUUAGCACAUGUGCAUAAAAUCAAUCUUAAAUAAUUAAAAAAAAGACAAUUGAUGCAAAAUAGUGCAUCUCAAUGUGAAGAAUCAAUAUAACAAUGAUAUUACAUAAUGACUCGCUCAAUAUUAUAGUAAACAUAGUAAAACUUUAGAAAUAAAACAGUGGAUAAAAAAAAAUAAUAAAAUAAAUUAAGAAUUAAUAAAGAUAAAUUCUGAGAUAUAAACCAGUAUUUCAACAAUUUUCAGGGCUUACAUUAAAAGAAAUAUGAAAAAAAGACAUUGCAGACACUUACGUAAUUUUCAAUAGAUAAAAAUUACUACAACAACUUAUCACAAAAUCGAGUAAGAUCUAAGAAAUAGCAAACAAUUAUUAAGUAAAUUUGAAAACGUCAUUUAUAAUAAAUUACCCCUAUACAUUUCUAAUAAUGAAAAAAAAAGAAAAUUCUGAGAUACACGUAAUGUUAUAUAGGUAAUUUCAGAACAAUUUGCGCAUUAGAUCUUAGGAGAUUAAAUCAGAAUUUAGAUGCAGUAACUUUUUCUAUAGUUCUACACGUUGAAAUUAAUAAUAAAGAAGAAAA